AUCAUUUAUUCUGCAUAUCUAUUUAUUCCACUAUCCUAUUAUUCUCUUCAUUCAUAUAUUUUCCGUUAUCACACGUUAAUACAGAGAGAAAUUAUAACCAAUAAUUUUUUUUUCUUCUCUCCCUUAUUUUCCGGACCACAGGUUGAAUCUGAUUCACCCACUAGUGUCCAGGGACAACCCCCUUACACUGGAGGCGGCUAUGACGAAAAAGGACAAAGCUUUGCAAGACCUGGCCCAAGUUACAGUGCUGGAUAUCCCGGACCUCGUGGUAGCAAUGGACCUCCAGGACCACCUGGACCCCAAGGAUACUUAGGACCACGUGGAGCCCCAGGAGAGGCCGGACCACCCGGAUCACCUGGACCUCGUGGACCCCCUGGACCUAGUGGACUUGCCGGAAACAACGGUGAAGAUGGACGUGAUGGGGAAGCUGGAGCUCGUGGACUUCCAGGACCAGGCGGUAUUCGUGGAAACGAUGGACAACUUGGCCCACCUGGACCCUCAGGACCUAUUGGACCACCCGGUGCCCCUGGAUUCCCAGGAAUUGCUGGAGCUAAGGGAGAUGCUGGUUUAGCUGGUGCUCGUGGAAGUCAAGGUACUGCCGGCCCACGCGGAGAAAACGGAAUUCCAGGCUCAACUGGCCCAGCUGGAGCCCCUGGUCAACCAGGAGAAGCUGGAGAGGCUGGAGCUAAAGGCGACCGUGGAUCAGUCGGACAAAGUGGAGGACCAGGUUUCCCCGGACCUCAAGGACCAAGUGGUGCAAGCGGCAACACUGGAGCUCCCGGAGAGAAAGGUGAUACUGGACUUUCCGGCUCACCUGGUGCUCCUGGUGAAAUGGGACCUCGUGGCGCAGCCGGUCCAUCAGGUGAACCUGGAGUUGCUGGUUUAGCCGGACCCGAAGGAAAGAGAGGACCUGCCGGAUCCGUUGGUGCCCCAGGACCAGCAGGAAGCCCUGGCGAAAGAGGAGACCUUGGACGUACAGGCCCACGUGGAGUAAGAGGUGCACGCGGACGUGCUGGACCACCUGGUCAAGAUGGUAGCAUUGGUGCCCCCGGUGAACCUGGUAACGCUGGCUAUGAUGGAAAAUCUGGUGAACAAGGACCUCCCGGACCACAAGGCUUGCCCGGAAUCCAAGGACUUGCCGGACCUAAAGGAGAUACAGGAUCUCAAGGAGAACGUGGUUCCACAGGAAAUGCUGGCAGCCCUGGAUUCCAAGGUAUGGCUGGCGCCCCUGGAGCUAAAGGAAACGAUGGAACCCCAGGAGAAACUGGACCAUCCGGACCUGCUGGACAACCUGGUACCCCUGGUGAACGAGGUGAACCUGGAUUCGCUGGUGAACCUGGACCAAGUGGACCACGUGGAGCUCCCGGAGAGAGAGGACCUUCUGGACCAGCUGGUGAAGCCGGAGAGGGUGGACCACCAGGAAAUGUAGGAAACCCAGGAGAGACUGGACCUCCAGGACUUAUCGUAAGUAUCUUAGACCUGUUUCGACCUAAAGGAGAUACUGGAUCCCCAGGCCCACGCGGAAAAGAUGGUGAAUCCGGUGUUCCCGGUGAAGUUGGAGCUCCUGGUACCACUGGACCUGCCGGACCUAUCGGUGCACCCGCCCCCAAAGGAGAUCGUGGUCUUAGUGGACCUCGUGGAGAAGCUGGACCCCCAGGAGGAGCUGGAAACCGCGGUCUUCCCGGACCACCAGGUUCCCAAGGCGCCCCCGGACCUGCUGGACCCGCUGGUGUUGCUGGAGGUAAAGGAGAUAUAGGAGCACCUGGAUCCUCUGGACCUGCUGGACAACGUGGACCCGCUGGUGAAGCCGGAGCAACCGGAGCAGCUGGCAAAGAUGGAGGUCCCGGUCGUCGUGGACCAACAGGAGAUCGUGGAGCCGCUGGAUCUCCCGGAAACGCUGGAACCCCAGGACACGCUGGACCACAAGGUAUUGCUGGAGAACCAGGUCUUGCAGGAAAACCCGGACCCGCUGGACCAAUGGGACCACCUGGAGAAAGAGGAGAAUCUGGAAUCCCAGGAAGCCCUGGUGAGGUUGGAGCCCCAGGUACCCCUGGUAAUGAUGGAGCACCCGGAGAUAGAGGUGAAAGCGGAAACACUGGACUUCCUGGACCCUCUGGACCUGCUGGACCACAAGGUGAGAGAGGAUCCCCUGGAUUCCCUGGACAACAAGGUGAACGUGGACCUGGUGGCCUUUCUGGAGCUGCUGGUACUCCUGGAGAACCCGGAAGAAAUGGUGUUGAUGGCUCACCAGGAUUGACUGGACCACCUGGUGCCCCUGGUCUAGCUGGAAACCCCGGAGAAAGCGGACCUGCUGGUGAAGCCGGACAAAGAGGACCACCCGGCCUUCUUGGACGACCUGGAGAGAAAGGACCUGCCGGACCACGUGGAUCACCAGGACCUCAAGGUGCACCUGGUAUUCAGGGAUUGGGUGGACCAACUGGACAACCUGGAGCCGCUGGUGAACGUGGAGAACGCGGAGAACGUGGAUCAAUGGGAAUUCAAGGACCAACUGGACCCCGCGGACCUACUGGACCUGCUGGCCCAGCUGGUGAAGCCGGAGAACGCGGACACCCUGGAGCUAAGGGAGACAAAGGAUGGACUGGAGCCCCAGGUAUGCCUGGAAACCCCGGACCACAAGGUAGCAGUGGAGAGGCUGGUCUUCCAGGACCCGCUGGACCUACUGGAUCAAGAGGCCGAUCUGGAGCCUCUGGAAACCCAGGUCAAGAUGGAGAAGCUGGACCACCAGGACUCCCCGGAAGCGCUGGACAACGUGGAUCAUCUGGUAAAGAUGGCCGACCUGGUAACCCUGGACCUCCUGGACCACCUGGACCACCUGGUUACGCAUCUGCCGGAAGUGCACCUUUCUACCCAUCAAGCCCAGUGAAAGGACCCGACCCAGCUGAUAGAUAUUACGGUGAUGAGCCUCAAGGUGAUGCAAUGACUGUUCUUAACCAAGCUCUUAGCGCUAUUAACCGUGUCAAGAAACCAAGCGGCACCAAGCACAACCCUGGAUCUACCUGCAACGAUAUCUUGAUUAACAGCGAGAAGAAACGUUUGGAUAAUGGUUACGUUACCUAUUUACUAGUGAGUAGAGUGGAGCAACGUGAUAUGAAGUGUCUUGCUCAAGAACAUGACCCACCAUCCGAACUGGGAAUGGAACCCACGAUUUUGAAAUCAGCGUUGUUUUCUACCUCUACCGAUUGGCUCCUCUGCACUCUAAUUUCAAAUUCCGACAGUGUCCACUUUGCCCUUCAUCGCCUGCGAGCGUUGUUCAGACAACAUUUGUGGACAAAGGAUAAUACUCCUGACCAAUACUUCGUUCGUGAAAUUGUUCGUGAAGAUGAGUUGACAUACGGCAAAAUGGUUGCCAACCAGCUUAACUUCUUACAUCUCCACUCUGUUCGUGCUCGUCAGAACAUCACAUACAACUGCUUCAAUUCAAACAGUUAUGGAAUUAAACUCUUAGGUUACAGUGGUGACGAAUUCUAUGCUAAUCAUGAAUUACGUAAACAAACAUACAAUGUAAGAUUAGAUAACUGUCAACAAAAGAACAACCAAUGGGGCAAGACUGUUUUUGAAAUUGAUACCAGACAGACAAAGAUGUUACCAGUAAAAGAUAUUGCCCUUCAAGAUGUUGGAGAGGAGAACCAGAAAUUCGGUUUGGAAAUCGGAGAAGUCUGCUUCAGUUAGAUGAAAACAGUACCAUCUACAUUACCAUCCGCCGUCUCCAAUUGAGAUAUUAAGAAACAAACAAGUAAAAAUCAUGUGAUGGCUGUUAAAAGAGAAAGAAUUUUUAAAAACUCUGUGACAGAAAGGUGUAGACAGUCCAUAGACAAAAACUAAAGAAUAGAUAUCAGUAAUAACAACACACUGAGAUAUAUAUUUUUUUAUUUUGUUGCUUUCUAAAUCAAGUUGCGUUCUUCUGGAGCCACUCUAAGAUCUUUUCGGCACAGUUGCAGACAUUUUGGCUCAGUGUGGAUCCAGAACAAUAGGCAAUAUACAACCAUACUUGCCAGUGUACAGAUACGAAACAUAUAGAAUUGAAUGAAAUAUCAUUUUCAUGAACGCUAAAUGUUGAUAUUUUUAGGUGCAACACUUCUGUAAUAAAAUAUUCUUUUAUUGCAUAAAUAUUUCAGCGCCAUCUGUCUAGACUGUCUGCUUCCUGAUCUAAUUUCAGCUGGAGAGGGAAUCAAAGUUUUAAAAUAAAAUUGUAAAAAAUAUCACAAAAAAAA